AACGCCCGCCAUUCUUGUUUGCUGUCAAAAUUUGUAAUAUUGUAAUGUAGAGAAAACGUUCAUAUUUAUUUCAUUUCUGAGGAGUCGUUACAUGGUAUCUUACUAGUAGUUAGGGUACAAAACAAUUUUCACGAUGUCUAAUAUAUCUCUUGAUAAGGAAACAUUUUAUAGACGUAUGAAAAGACUAUACGCGGCGUGGAAGGCUGCUGCUGCGGAUUCUAAAAGUGACGAUGUGCUUGCUAAAGUUGAUUGCUUAGUCUCUUGCGUUGGAGUUGACGAGGAUACACUAUACAGCAAAUCCACCGCGUUACAGACUUGGCUAUUUGGAUAUGAGCUACCUGAUACGAUCACCGUCCUUACAGAACAGAGCAUGUGUUUUUUGGCAAGUAAAAAGAAAAUAGAGUUUUUAAGACAAAUUGAAAAUGGCAAAGAAGAAACAGAUCUACCUCCUGUUAAACUUCUUAUAAGAGACAGAAACGAUCAUGACAAAGAAAAUUUCAGUAAGCUCGUACAAGAGAUUAAAAAAUCCAAAUCGGGAAAGACACUUGGAGUGUUUGCUAAAGACAGCUAUCCUGGUGAGUUUUGUGAAAGCUGGAAGACUGCUAUGAAAGCAGAGAAGUUUGAAAGUAUAGACAUCAGCUCCUCAGUAGCAUUACUAAUGGCACCUAAGGAGGAUUCUGAAGUUAUCACAAUAAAGAAGGCCUGCUUAGUCACAGUUGAUGUGUUCACAAAGUAUUUAAAAGAUCAAAUUAUGGAAAUCAUUGAUUCAGAUAAGAAAGUAAAACAUUCGAAAUUAGCUGAAGGUGUCGAAGCUGCCAUAUCAGAUAAGAAAUAUGUCACGGGAGUGGAUACAAGUCAAGUUGAUAUGUGCUAUCCACCUAUCAUUCAAUCGGGAGGGAACUACAGUCUCAAAUUCAGUGCUGUAUCUGAUAAAAACCAUCUUCAUUUUGGUGCCAUUGUUUGUUCAUUGGGUGCAAGAUAUAAGUCAUAUUGUUCUAAUAUUGUACGUACUUUGUUAGUCAAUCCGACUGAUCAUGUACAAAGCAAUUACAAUUUUCUCUUAAACAUAGAGGAGGAAGUUAUGAAACAUCUUGUGGCUGGUGCCAAGCUGUCUUCAGUUUAUGAAGCUGGUUUAGCAUUAGCUAAGAAAGAGAAACCAGAACUUGUUGAUAACCUUACAAAAACAUUUGGUUUUGCAAUGGGUAUAGAGUUUCGUGAGAGCUCAAUUGUGAUUGGUCCAAAAACAUCAAUUGUAGCAAGAAAAGGCAUGGUAUUUAAUAUAAAUAUUGGUUUAGCCAACUUGAGUAACAGUGCUGCAACAGAAAAAGAAGGAAAGACAUAUGCAUUAUUCGUUGGGGACACUGUACUGGUAAAUGAGGAACAGCCAGCAUCACUUCUUACACUGUCUAAGAAAAAAAUUAAGAACAUUGGUAUCUUCCUUAAAGAUGAUGAUGAAGAAGAGGAAGAAGAAAAGGAAAACAAAACAGAAAUAUUGGAAAAUGGAGGCCGAGGCAAAAGAACUGCUGUGAUGGAAUCCAAGCUUCGAACUGAACAUUCUUCGGAAGAAAAACGCAAAGAACAUCAGAGAGAACUUGCGAUAGCUCUCAACGAGAAGGCAAAAGAGAGGUUAGCGAAACAGUCCAGCGGUAAAGACAGUGAAAAGAUACGGAAGAGCACAGUUUCGUACAAAACCGUCAGUCAAAUGCCUAGAGAAAAUGAAGUUAAAGAGCUGAAAUUAUAUGUCGAUCGUAAAUACGAAACUGUAAUUCUGCCUAUCUUCGGCGUCCCAGUACCAUUCCAUAUAUCUACAAUUAAGAAUAUAUCACAGUCGGUGGAGGGCGAUUACACAUACCUCAGGAUAAACUUCUUCCACCCUGGAGCCACUAUGGGCAGGAACGAGGGCGGGAACUACGCACAGCCUGAUGCUACCUUUGUUAAAGAAGUUACAUAUCGAAGUACAAACACAAAGGAACCAGGUGAAAUAUCACCACCAUCAUCCAAUCUAAACACUGGAUUCAGACUUAUAAAAGAAGUACAGAAAAAAUUUAAAACUCGAGAAGCCGAAGAGAGGGAAAAGGAGGAUCUUGUUAAACAGGACACAUUAGUGCUUUCGCAGAGUAAAGGAAAUCCAAAACUUAAAGAUUUGUACAUAAGACCUAAUAUAGUCACAAAGCGAAUGAGCGGGUCUCUAGAAGCACAUUCAAAUGGUUUUAGAUUUACAUCAGUAAGAGGAGACAAAGUGGACAUUUUGUACAAUAAUAUAAAGAAUGCAUUCUUUCAACCGUGUGAUGGUGAAAUGAUAAUUUUAUUACACUUCCAUUUGAAACAUGCUAUAAUGUUCGGCAAGAAGAAACAUGUGGACGUUCAGUUCUACACCGAGGUGGGAGAGAUCACGACAGACCUCGGCAAGCACCAGCACAUGCACGACCGGGACGACCUCGCGGCGGAGCAGAGCGAGCGGGAGCUGCGCCACAAACUCAAGGUCGCCUUCAAGAGCUUCUGCGAGCGCGUCGAGAACAUGACCAAGCAGGAGGUCGAGUUCGACACGCCAUUCAGGGAGCUGGGCUUCCCCGGUGCCCCGUUCCGAAGCACAGUGCUGCUACAGCCCACGUCGGGCGCGCUCGUCAACCUUACCGAGUGGCCGCCAUUCGUCAUCGCGCUGGAGGAUGUCGAGCUCGUACAUUUCGAGCGCGUUCAGUUCCAUCUCAAGAACUUCGAUAUGGUGUUCGUUUUUAAAGACUACGCCAAGAAGGUGGCCAUGGUAAACGCUGUCCCUAUGAACAUGCUCGACCAUGUCAAGGAAUGGCUCAACUCUUGUGACAUCCGUUACUCGGAAGGUAUUCAGUCUUUGAACUGGACGAAAGUCAUGAAGACCAUAACAGACGACAUUGAGGGUUUCUUUGAUAAUGGAGGCUGGUCCUUCUUAGACCCGGAAUCGGACGCCGAGAAUGAGCAGCAGGAGGAAGACUCUGAAGAAGAAGAUGAUGCGUACGAACCCACUGACGCAGAAACAGAGGAAGAAUCAGAGGAUGACUCUGAAUAUGACUCAGAAGCAUCUGAUGUGUCAGAUGGUUCGGGCGAUAGUGAAGGAGAAGAAGAUGAAGAAUCUGGCAAAGAUUGGUCGGAUUUGGAACGCGAAGCCGCCGAAGAAGAUAAAAAGGAACGCACGUUCGACCGAGAAGACUUCGACCGCAAGCGUAAGGGCGGCCGCGAUCGACGACCCUACGAAGAAGAGGGCAAGAAAAGUAAACACGAUAAGAGCUCAAACCACAAGAGUUCGAGUUCACAUCAUAAGAGUUCGAGUUCGAAUCAUAAGAGUUCCAGUUCAAAUCACAAGAGUUCAAGUCAUAAGAGUCCUUCCAAACAUAGCAAUAGCAGUCCAUCAAAGAACCGCGAUAAACACCAUAAAUCUUCACAUCAUGAUCGUGAUAAGUCACAUCACGGUCGCGACCGGGAUAAGUCGCACAGCAAGUCAAACGGCGACCACAAGAAGCACAGCUCCAGCGACCACAAGUCUCAGAAGCGGUCACGCGACGACAGCCGGGAUCACGACCGCAAUCCCAAGAAAGCGAAGAAAUAAAACAUUGAAGAAGGAUUAUGUUAUUCAAUUUGUGAUGAUCCGAAGGUGUUGCAGCCGACAGUGGGCUUAUGUUAGUGUUACAUUUCAUUUUAUUUGUUAAUUGUGUUUACACGCACUCCGUCUUUUUCAUGUUAAAUCAAGUCUGAAUGUUAUUUGAAUGUAUGUAGAUUACCUCUAAUUCCAACAGUGAUUUUUAAUUUAAAUGAUACCAACAAAAACAAAAUAAAUAUAAGGAUUUAUUA